CGGUACCCACGGGGCGGGGCGGGCGGCCGCGGGCCGAGCCCGCCCGGGUGCAGUCGCCGCUCCGCGCCGCGCCGCCGCGCAGACCCCGCGCCGCUCCGUGGGCCGCCGGAGCCGCACGUCGGGCCGCCCUCCUCUUUCUCCCCACCGCCGCCGCCUCUCGCUAUGAAUGCACGCCGGGCCCUGCUCUCCGCCGCCUUGCUCGCCAGCGUCCUCUGGGAUUUACCUUGCUGCCUCCCGGCUUCCCUCCCUGCCUCCUCGGAACUCGCCGCCUCCUCCAAAGGUGGUCGCAGCCGCAGAGCGCCGCGGUCCCCACGAGAGACCCGCCCGCGGCAAGGGGGACACGCCAUGGAGCGGGCGCUCCCGCGGGCGGAACCCCACGAGUACAUGCUGUCUCUGUUCAGGACGUACUCCAUCGCGGAGAAACUGGGCAUCAACGCCAGCUUUUUUCAGUCGUCCAAAUCCGCCAACACCAUCACUAGUUUUGUGGACAGGGGACGAGACGAUCUCUCGCCCGCUCCCUUGAGGCGGCAGCAGUAUGUGUUUGAUGUGUCGACCCUCUCGGAGACGGAGGAGCUGGUGGGGGCCGAGCUGCGGCUGUUCCGCCGGGCCCCCCGCGGCCGCCCGCCGCCCGCCGCCCCGCCGCGCCUCCAGCUCUCCGCCUGCCUCUCGCCGCGACCGCUCGACUCCCGCGCCCUGGACCCGCCAGCGGCCGCGGCCGCCGGCUGGGAGGUGUUCGACGUGCGGCAGGGCCUGCGGGAGCAGCGGCCCUGGAAGCGGCUGUGCCUGGAGCUGCGGGCCUCGGAGGACCGCGGGCCGCGGCGCUGGCUCGACCUGCGGGCCCUGGGCUUCGCUCGCCGGCCGCGGCCGCCGCAGGAGCGGGCGCUGCUGGUGGUCUUCACCCGCGGCCGGCGGCGGAGCCUCCUCGGGGAGCUGCGCGCCGAGCUGGGCGCGGCCCCGCCGCCGCCGCCCGCCGCCCGCCGCCCGCCGGCCCGGCGCCAGCGCCGCACGGCCUUCGCCAGCCGGCACGGCAAGCGGCACGGCAAGAAGGCCCGGCUGCGCUGCAGCAAGAAGCCGCUGCACGUCAACUUCAAGGAGCUGGGCUGGGACGACUGGAUCAUCGCCCCGCUGGAAUACGAGGCCCACCACUGCGAGGGGGUCUGCGACUUCCCGCUGCGCUCCCACCUGGAGCCCACAAACCACGCCAUCAUCCAGACCCUCAUGAACUCCAUGGACCCCGGCUCCACGCCGCCCAGCUGCUGCGUGCCCACCAAACUGACCCCCAUCAGCAUCCUCUACAUCGACGCGGGCAACAACGUGGUGUACAAGCAGUACGAGGACAUGGUGGUGGAGUCCUGCGGCUGCAGGUAGCGGGCAGGACGCCCCUGGUCUGCGUCUGGCGAGGUGCGGCGGCAGUGGCGAGCGGGGCCCCGGCCCGCGUCCGGCCGAGCGCGGCCGGGGCGGAGGGGACCGGCGGAUGGGACCGGCCGAGGGGACCGGCCGAGGGGACCGGCCGAGGGGCGGGCGCGGCCCGGCCCGGGGGUCCGCGGCGGCGGAGGGGGCUACGGCAGCGUCGGUCCCCGGCUGCCGGCGGUGAAGGGCGAGCGGGCCGGGCAGGCGGCGAGGCCCCCGCCCGGUCCCUUCCCCGCUCCCCUCUCCUCCCCCGGGGUUUAUCUGGCGAUCUAUCCUACUCCUCCAAAGGUGAAGGCAAUUUACCAAGUACAAAAAGAAUCGGGGGAGGGAGAUGGAGCAGACUGAUCCCUCUCUCUGAAGUUGCUCUGAAGAGGGCUGUUACAUUUCUGCCCUCUCUCUUUCACAUUCCUGCAAGCUUACCAGCCAGAAAUAGCCUACGGCCCACCCCUUCCCCUCUUUCCCCCUAAGGGGAAAAAAAAAAAAAAAGCGAAAAGGAGAGAAAAAUAUACAAAAAUACAACAGAGUUGCUUAAGACUGUAACUGUCAGCUAGGUUUUAUUUUAAGACGGCAGAGAAGAACUGUGAAGAGAGCAGAGUGCUACAAAAAGCACAGCGGGGGUGGAUUGGGAAGGAAACUCCUUCAGGUCUCGCAAAGAGUGCAAGGAUGUCAUUGCCAGGUUUCUGGGUAGCUGUGCCGCUGCACCCCUCGCAACUUGCAGCAGUAUUAAACGCAAAUGUUGUGCUGGAAAAGGCGUUUUAUGUAAGAUUUCUCUUUCCCACCUUUGGUCUCAGCUGUGGCUUCACCUGAGGAAAGUGCACUUCGAAGCUAUGCCUAGCCCUUUCUUAGUGUAAUUAUUAUGUUCUUAGUUUCAGGCUUUUCCCCACCGAUUUCUAGAAUUGUUGGCUUAUCUGGUAUUGCAGAGCAACAAACUUGUGGAAAAAAAAAAAAUAAGAGAAGAGAAUAAUAAUAUAAAAUGCUAAUAAAAAGACUCGACCAGGAGCAUUAAUUUAAAAUGCACAUUUUGCUUCGGAUGCACUGUUGUUCAUACAAAAGUUGUAAAUAUUUGUUUAUUUAAACAGACUGAAAAGUGCAAAAUGGAGAUGAACAACAUGCAUUUCUUUUUUAAUGUACAAAACAUGAUAUGCACUCGAAAUGUUAUAAUUUCUAAUAUUUUUUAAAGUUUAUAUUUGAGUUGUACAGAAUUAAGCAUUAAUCAAAUACUUCAUCCUUGCUUAACAUUAUCAUUUCCUUAAGAUAUUAUUACAAGAUUUAAAUUCUGUGCUACUAAUGGAGAAAAGAUUUUUUUUUACUGUCUACCUCAAUAUAAUGCAAGUAUUUACAACUCUAAAGUUAUCUGAGGUAAAUUAAUAUUCAGAACAUUUUUACAAUACACCUUUACUGGACGAUACUGCAACUAUUAUUGUAUUAUUAAACAUUUUUUUUUCCAAAAAGUCAGCUUGCUUUUAUAUGUUCUAUUAUUUGAUUAAGUAAUUCUGAGUUCUCAAGUAAAUAUUGGCUCUACUUCUAAAAUGCUGCAGAGUUGAGUUGGAUCAAGUGCCACUUGAAGGCGCACCUAAAAGCCAUUCCUCCUGUCUGAAGACUUUUUGUACUCUCACAAGAUCUCUAGUUUCGUCUUUGGUAUAUGCCAGUGGCAUAAAGCUGCAUUGUGUUUUUAUGCCUUUUAUGCAAUGAUUAUUGUAAGUGGGAGAAUGCAUUAAGGGGAAAAAUUCAGGCAAACGUUUGUAAAUCUCAUCUGUACUGGGACAUUAAUAUACACUGUAUGAUGAUAAUGAGCAAAAGACAAUGAAUGUUUUAUAAAUGAUAUUUAUUUUGAUGCAAUGGGUAAUAUAUUUAUUAAAUAUUUCCUGGCUA